AAUAUAAAAUUAUAGCUUUUUGAAUAUCAAGCUUGCGCAUGCUCAGAAAUAAAAGAAGGCGCCAUAUAUGAUGAUCUAUAUGUUGUGUAUAAUUAUGAUUAUUUAUGACGUGUGCAAUGGUGCAAUGACAUAUAUUUAUUUAUGUACAAAUAUAGCAUCUCAAUUGUUAUUUGUUGUUGACUAAAUGAAACACAAUAAGAAUGACAUAACAAUGUUAUUAAUAACAUAUAUUUUUCAUUAAUUUAUUAUAAAAAUCUCCAAUUUAAAUAGAGAAUUUAUUAAAUUGUUUACAAACAAAUAAUGAAAAGCUAAAAUGGAGCAAAGUGCAAAUAAAAAUAGAGUGAUGAUGAUGGACUUAAAAGUAUGGGUUCAUUUCGUAAAAUAUUACCUGGAUCAUCUGAUGAUAAUUCGCAAAUGAACACAUCAGUCAAGAUGAUUGAUCGUCCAGUUGUUACACAAAAUAACAAUGAAUACAUGGUGUACCUUCAAGAAUACAGUAUACUAUCUGAAUACAAUUUACUUCAGACUCAAGAUUUACGAGGAAUAUAUGUAAUUCCUUCAGCUCAAAAUUCAUUUUUAUGGUUUGGAGUAUUAUUUGUUCGUCAGGGUGAUUAUCGAGGUGGAGUAUUUAGAUUUACAAUAAAUUUACCAGAUAAUUUUCCAGAUGGUGGUUGUCCAAAAGUUGCCUUUCAAUCGGAAAUAUUCCAUCCACAAAUUGAUGAAGAAACAAAAGAGCUAAAUACACUUGUUGCUUUUGCUGAGUGGAAAAAGAGCAAUAGGAUUUAUCAAUUGAUUCAAUUUAUCUGUAAAAUAUUUCAGAAAAUUGACUUGAAAUUGUCAGCCAUAAAUAAACAUGCAUUAGAUUUAUAUGAAAAUAAUAUUGAAUUAUAUCGUAAUCGUGUUAAAGAAUGUGUUCAAAAAAGUAUUGAUCGUGUUUUUGAUCCACCAGAUGUUGAUGAUCAACACUAUAUACAAUUUAAUAAAUGGAAUUCAAAUAUUUACGAGCCAAUAAGACAAAAAAUAUACGAACCAAAGAAACAAGAACAUGAAAAAACACAAAAUGGUUAUUCUUGGGUACAACCAGGCUCACUUCAACCACUUUCAAAACAUCAAGAGCCAAGAUAACAUUACAAUUAUCAUAAAAACUAAUUCCUGAAUUUGUUGAUUUAUAUUUUUAUAUAAAUAUUACUCAAUACCAAAAUAAAAAAAUUAAAAAGAAAUACUCUUAUU